GUGGGGCUGAGAGAGAGAGAGAGAGAGAGAGAGACAGAGAGAGAGAGGCGUGUGAUUUCUCUUUGUACUGAAUGAAGAGUUCAGCCAGCUCCGCUCCUCUCUCUUCUCUUUUUAUAUAAGCAGAGUUUGCAUGCUGUAAAUAGCCCAAUAAGCCGGUUACUCUUCACGUUUCACCGUAACGGUCGCUCCGGUUUGUUUUGUGGAAACGUCUGGCUCCUGCCAAUGUCUCUUUGAGCAAUCUUUGGACAACAAAAGCAUCAGGUCCAGCGCUGUUUCUUCGGGGGAUUCCAAGUCACACAUUUAUCAGCCGGGGUUUUGUUUUCAGUGAGGAAAAGGCCAGCACGUCAACAAAAGCCGCUUCGCCUCCUGACUGUCGCCCAUUUCACACUUCACACCUCCGGGGGGGAUUCUAGUAUCCCGAAGCGAGUGACCAUGGCUGAUACCAGCCCUCAACCCCGGGUAUAUUUCCAGACACCGGGCGGCACCGCGGAGGAACCCGAGAUUCCGGUUCGGAAGCAGGGACGCGUUACCGUCAAAUAUGACCGUAAAGAGCUGAGGAAGAGACUGAACCUGGAGGAGUGGAUUAUCGACCAGCUAACGGACCUCUACGACUGUGAGGAGGAGGCCAUCCCAGAGCUGGAGAUCGAUGUGGACGAGCUGCUGGAUAUGCCCAGUGACGUAGAGCGGGGAGCCAGGGUCAAGGACUUAGUGGUCGAGUGUUUUAAGCCUACUGAGGACUUCGUCUCAGAGCUGCUGGACAAGAUCCGAGGGAUGCAGAAGCUCUCCACGCCUCAAAAGAAAUGAUGCGUCCCUCCUCCUCCUCACCCACACCCUCCCCUCCACCUCUCGUCUUCCUAUCUUGCUUUCCUUCUUCUUUUUUUUUUAACGUCAGUCUCCAUCCAUUGAGGGUCUUCUUGUUUCCUCUUGCCUGGAUCCAGCCCUAUUAGUGGCUAGCUUUCCAUGUGUUGUGACCUUCCUGUGUUGUUAGUCGGACGUUCUUCUUAAAAAAACGAAGAUUGGUAAAGUUAAGUUAGCAACAAGUGUUUCAUUGGGCUUCAUCCAGGCACGUUCCUUCCUUCCCCUUUCCACUCCUCGUCCUUCACCCUUUGUUUUGGCUUUUACUCCUCUUCCUCCUCCAGCUCUUCUUCCUCCCACCCUCCCUUUAAACCACCCUCCAUCUGUCUGAGGAGGAAGAGAAAAAGAGGAGAGGAGUCAUAUAAUUACUGAGAGGAGCGGUUGAGAGUGGGAAGAGGAACAAGGGAAAGAGUCUCCGACGGCCAAAAAAGAGGGGAAGGUGGAAACAGCCAAUCAGCUUGAAGCAGGGCCUAAUCACUGCUUAUGUCUAUAAUGAGAUUCCUUGUUUUGUAAUGGGGUUACUCUUUUAGAUGAGUUACCAACCGUGAUUAUUGUGAUUCAGUGCAGGGGGGAUAUUCACUUGACUUUUUUGGCGGGGUCAGUACAGUCUUUUCAGAUAAUUCCUCCCAUAAUCAGAGGCAUUUGUUACACUGGUGCAUUUAAAGACUGUGUGUGUGGAUCUGCACUAUGUAAUUUUAUGGAAGAAAAUCUGAACCCUUUGACCACGAGAAAUAAUGGGACGUCAUUUUAGUCCAACAAAGAGAGAAAUCUGAUCCUGGAAAUAGUGGUUGAACCUUAAAAAAAAUGUUGCUGUGGUGGUCUAACGGUUCGACUAAUUAUAGACUACAAAUCUUCCUUUGAGGCUAGUAGAAGUAGGUUCUCUUUAGGGUGGGUGUACUUGAAUUACACAUUUUUGAGGAAGAAAAGUUUAUUUUCUUUCCUCAAUGGGUAGUGAAGUUGUAAGAGAGGCUCUUUAGAAGCACA